AAAGCAAAGCCACCACUGUAUUAUCAUCGUCAACCAAACCAAACCAAACCAAACCAAGCUCACGGGAUUUCGUGGACUUUCUGAUCAAGAAGCUCUCUUUUUGCUUUCUGGGUUCGUCUUCAGACUUCACGAGGCAGCAUGGCAAAGAGUUACUUCAAGCAAGAACAUGAUCUUGAGAAGAGACGGGCAGAGGCUGCUAGGAUCAGAGAGAAAUACCCAGAUAGAAUUCCAGUGAUUGUGGAGAAGGCAGAAAGAAGUGAUAUCCCAAACAUUGAUAAGAAAAAGUACCUUGUCCCAGCUGACCUAACUGUUGGACAAUUCGUUUAUGUUAUCCGCAAAAGGAUUAAGUUGAGUGCAGAGAAGGCUAUCUUUAUAUUUGUGGACAAUGUACUCCCACCCACAGGUGCAAUCAUGUCUGCCAUAUAUGAAGAGAAGAAGGAUGAAGAUGGGUUUCUCUACGUCACUUACAGUGGUGAGAACACUUUUGGUUAUCAGGUUCCGCUGUAGCCCUCGAUUAGUUGGAUACCCGCCAUCUUUCUUCCAGUCCCAGCAUACCUGAUUUUAUCGCUUCAUCUUCAUUACCUUGUUCUGAAUCCGAUGCUGCUUUUAUCAUGCCUAGUUCAUAAACACCUCUGUGGUGAUAAUGUGUAUAGUCACAUAUUGUAUAUAAUUUCUAAGCUCCGGUUUAACAUUAAAGUUUCUUGCUUGUUGCUAUUCAUAAUCAUUCAAUGAAGCUACCGGUUUAUUGCCAGUUUUGGCUGGGUCAUGGUUAUGGGAAGCUGUGACUUUGACCAAAGUUUUAAUGCAAA